UAAUGCUCUGCGACCCUGAAGUUUCAGAGGGUUUACUAUGUCUGCAACCCGCUCACAAUGCAUUGGGUUGAGCUUCCUCCACCACCUACUUGCCAAGAAUGGGUUAUCAUUGGAUUUGUUUGCAAUCCAUCUUAUUCUUUGAUAGUAGUACCAGCACAACUAGCUUCAGAGUGGUUCGAAUCCACCAAUUGGAACCACCACAACGUUCUGCCAAUCUCAAAUUGGAGAUAUUUUCUUCAGACACAUGGAAAUGGACUGAAACAUUCAUAUCGACCCAAGCGCGUAACUUUACUGUGUCCCAUUGCUGCCAUCCCCGUUCUAAUGCUGUGGUUUGCAAUGGAAUACUCCAUUGGAUGUCCCUUUAUCAUGGCAAGAUUUUUGCCUAUGAUCCAUUCAAUAACACUGAUCGAUAUAGUACCAUCGAAAAGCCCAAGGACAGGAACACCAAGGUCAACAGACGCACCGUUAUAUAUCACUUGGGAAAGUGCCAAGGACACCUCAGGUUUAUUAAAUAUUAUCCUCCCUUUCUCAGCAUUUGGGAACUUAAGAACUACAAUGGGCUUGAAUGGUCCUUGGUGCACAAGGUUGAUCUGAAGAUUAUGGAAUCAGAUGAUCGCAGGAUGCCGUGUAGGAUAAUCAACACAUUAUCAAUACCGUCUCUUCAUCCCAUUAAUGGAAAUAUUAUAUAUCUACACAAUGAUAAUCAUCUUGUACUCUGCAACAUUAGUAACAGAACUUUGAAAAGAGUAUGUUAUGUUCGCUAUAAUUAUCAUUGUUUUUCAUUGUUCUUUCCCUUUGUGCUCCCAAGGUGGCCUACUCCAGUUCCUCAACUCCAGCAGAAUGCACUCAGAACUGAUGGACGAAACAUCUGUGUCAAAACCUAGAACUUAUGUUGAGGCCGUCGAGGAUCCUGUCUAUCCCCAACAGGAGGCUGCUGCUGAGGAACUGACUCGAGACGAACUUGUAGAUAAGCAAGUGGUCUAUGAUGGGAUGUUAGAAGUGGUCAAUUUCAAAUUAUAGAAGAAAACACCAACAGUUGUCCUCUUGGGUCACUAGAGGUAGUUGAUGAAGAAACAUCUGGAGGUCAAGAGGAGGGAUCAAGUACACAGGCUCAAGGCAAGGAGAGUCCGGCCACCUCAGUACUCAGUUCAUAUACUUCAACUCAAAACCAAUCAGUGAUAUGGCAAUGAAUACCCAUGACUAACGAAAUUGCAACCAGUCUUGAGGAAGUCACCCUUUUGCAUCCGGAGACCUUUCAGUGUUUGGAUAAGAAGUUUCUUUUCUUCAAGCAAUUUUGUUUUUGAGUCUGUUGGUAAAAUACUUCUCAUUCUACGUCAAUUCCGUCAUAGAGCGAUUUCGGCAUCUGAAAUUCAGUUCAUAAAAUCUACCAUGGAUGACUUGAAGAAGGCAAAUAUUGAGAUCAGAUGGCUUGAAGGACAGUUGCAUUUGGCCGAGAUGAAGAUGGCAAAGGAACAACUUGCUAUUAGAAUGCAGAGGAUUCAGAGGGAUAUAGCUGAGGUUAAGGAGGUGGCUACACGUCUACAAGGGGAAUAUGUGACCACGAAGGAGAAUUUUGAUGCUAUGAAGGACGUUGAUGUGAAUCAACUUGGUUCCGGGUAGCUGUAGCUUCUUGUUUGUGAUGUCAAGACAAUGUCUUUGUUCCAUCAAAUGAAAGAAACGCAGUGUCCAUAUGUUGCUAAUAUUUUCUUGAAAACUAGCUCUUCGAUUUCUUGCAACGCUUUGCACAUUGCCUAUUCGUAGGUGUGAUCUUGUUUCAUCUACUAAGCAUUUUUCGGCCUCCUUAGGAGGAACGUGUCGCCCCAUGCUUGUAAGUGAGACAGUCCUUUCUGUAACUAUAAUAUAUAUUCGACCUCCUUAUGAGGAACACAAUUUCCAUUGUCCUUUUUCUGUAACUAUAAUAUUUAUAUAGAUUUGGUUGGC